CUUACGGUGAAAUAAGCGAAGUUUGUGAAAGCAUUUGACGUCAGUGACCAAGAACGCUGAUAAUUUUACGACGCAGAUAUCGCUACGCGGAAUAUCAAAGAAUAUUUUUAGUGGUUUAGAAAGAAGAUUGAUUAAACAUAUGAACGCAUUUAGUGGUUUAUGGUUUAAAAUACGGCCUAGAGAAUAUCAGUAGGCCCAUAAUGGGCGGGGUCGUGGCUUGGGUCGAGUGAGAGACAUGGAGCGACCUCAGUGUUCUCAGUGGUGAGCUGCACGGCCAUCGCCGACCGUCGGUUUCGCCUAGCGCAACCAACGUAUUCUGCUAUGACAUCGCUCUGAAAAUCCCAGAUUAUCCCAGUAAAAGAGCGAAGGGGGAGGGAAUGAACGGCCCUGGGAGUCAUCAGCAUCGCGGCUUGGGCAUGCAGGGACGAUACAGGGCCGUAGUAACUGGUGGCACCCCGGCAGGGCCCCACUCUCGCCCCCCAGCGCCACCUCACGCCCGCGGUGGAUGGCAUCCCCAUAAUCAGCAUCCUCAGCACGCCCAGAUACCUCAGCAAUACACCGGCAACAAGGAAUACCCAUAUCGACAAUGUCCACCACCACGCUUCCAUAACGGGGAUUGCCCUGGCGUUGGUACGUCUACCGGGCCAAACGGUAAGGAAGUUUCGUAUCACGGGAACGUAGGCGGGUCUAGUGUGGGAUAUAAACCGCCUCCGCAACAUAGUCCACAAUCGAGAGGUCCACCGACGCACUUUCCACAAGAAUCCGUGGGUCCACCGGCCAAUUCCCCUCCGUUACACAUCAAUAUCUGCGGCCAAGAGAACACGAUGCGCGGUCCAUUAUUGAACAUGAGUCCAGGUCUCGGAGCUAGCAAUGUUGAUAUGGAGUAUCGUAGGAGUUCCCAAGCCACAAAUCAGUUACCUCUGAGUCCUGUACAAAUACAACCAUCGCCACCGUAUUACAGACAACCUAGUCAAGACGAUGGUAGAAAGAGCGAGUCUCCAUCUAGGAAACGUCGUCGAAUAUCUCGUAACGGUGCCGUCUCUGGUAUAGAAGUUCGUGAAACAACACCACCGUCUCCUACACCACCGUUACACACUACUCCACCGCCAUGGGAAUUCUCAGCGGCGCCCCAAAGGCGAUCACCGCGAAAUCAUAUGUCGACACGCGGCAGUCCAACUAUCAGAAAUCGUUAUCAACGAUACACGGAUUCGUUCGGCUUGUCCUAUCCGUUUGUGCCCGGUCACACUCCCCAUCCGCCCAUUCAUAAUUCCCAUCAUGGAAUCCAUAGUUCUCAUCACAAUAUUCACAAUUCGCAUCAUAAUUUACACAAUUCGCAUCAUAAUAUACAUAACGCGCAUCAAACGCAUCCCCAUCAUCCGCCGGGCACAGGACAUCAUCCUGCGCAAGGAGCAAACGGUCCUGUAGUUGUAGAUGUUGGACAAGUUGGUGUUUCCGGUUUAGGAGUUGCUGUUAGCGGAGAACCGCUCUGGCAUCCUCAGGCGACAGGUUAUAGAAUUCCUUGCCAACUGCACGGCUUGUACACACCAACCGGAGCACACGCGUUUGCACAUUCGUGUCAGGUUACGCAUCAUAGUCACUAUUCAGCAGCUCACCCAACCCAUCCAGGUCACAGUUUGGUUGGUUCGAUAGUUGGCGCAACAUCCAGAGGAUAUCCUACACCAACCGGAGGUCCUGUAGCGGCUCUUCAUCAUGCUCACGCACCACCACCACCCGUCCAUACUACUCAUUAUACUGCGCACCAUCAACUUUCUCAACAGCGAGAAGUUGAAUUAGAGUUAAUAGAAUCCCAUCAUCAUCAUAGAGUGGGAGCUGCAGCUGGCGCCCCAUUACCAUUACCACAUUCGUAUUCACCACCGGCUCUCACUCAAGUCACUACUCCCACUCCUACUCCUAUAUUCUUAUCAGAAACGAGGAACAGUCAAUUGGAAAUGAUUCAGACCAGGACUCGACGCACAGCGUCAAAUGUUCACACGCUCAGACGAUCAAGGUCGAGUAGAUGGAGAGGUACGCCUCCGAUACCACCGACUACUUAUUCAGGAUUUUUGUUGCACUUCUUCGCAAUGCUCAGCAACCCACCAUUAUCCCCAUAUAGUCAGGCGGAACUCUCCUCGCCAGAUUCAGCAACAGAAAAUUACGAAGCUCUUUUAUCUUUGGCGGAGAGGCUAGGAGAAGCUAAACCACGAGGAUUGACUCGAGCCGAAGUGGAGCAGUUGCCAUCGUACAAAUUCAAUGCAGAAACUCAUCAAGGAGAUCAAACUAACUGCGUAGUUUGCAUGUGUGACUUCGAAGCUUUGCAAUCGCUGCGUGUUUUGCCAUGUUCGCAUGAAUUCCAUUCUAAAUGCAUCGACAAGUGGCUUAAAUCAAAUCGAACAUGUCCAAUAUGUCGUGGUGAUGCCGGAGAAUAUUUUGGGAAUAGCGGAACCGGUAGCGACUGACGCCAAGCCGCUCAAAUACACUAGCGCCAACUAUCAAGGGUCUCAGGGACGCUACUUGGUACAGAGCUUCCAGCAAUUACAUUGCUAAUUUGUGCAAAUUUUUGUUGACAAGUAUUUCUCGUCUUUUCUCUGACCGAGUUGUGUAUGUUAUGAUCGCCUUGAUUUCGCGAAGAAGAAAGGAUUGAAAAUGAUUGAAGAACGAAAAACAAGAAAAAUACGAGAGAUAAAAAAGAAUAAAAUUCAAAGUAUGUCAGAGUGUUUGGUAUCGAGAAAAGGAUCACACACACGCAAUAAAGGUACACGAUUUAAAAUUACAGCAUGCAACGUUUUUACAAGGCGAAUUAACGUUUCUGCGUUUAUUCUAUUGUUUUUUCUCGGGAAUAGAGAAGUCGAAGAAAGAGGUUAGAAAAAAAAGAAUAAAUAAUAACAUAUAAUGAGCAAAUCAAGAUUAAGAGAAGUGAAGAAAGAGAGA